CCUCACAACAGACACACAUGAGCCGCCUUGACCUGCACCUCCAGACACAUUUUCGACGCACGUUAUCCUUGGAAAAAGACAUGCCAUGGACAGGUUGUUCCAGCGCCUGCCUGACAGACCAUCCGCACACACUGAGGAGGUCAGGAGAACUGAGGGAGAGAAACACUGCUGCACUGCUACGUAUGCUCUGGAUGAAUAUUUAAUCUCCCUGCAACACAAAAACAGGGUUCUUAGGAGGAUAAGGGGAAAGGACAGUAAGCACAUAGAGUUGGAAAGACUGGAACGGGGAUUCUCUCUCUAUGUCAACGGUGCUAACGCCACGAGUGCUAGCCAGAAAGCAACAGCUGCACAGAGAACAACACAUACAGCAGACUGUUCCAGGACCAGUCGUGUGGAGGAUCAGCAAAGACAGAGGAGUCACACAGCACCGGGGAAAGUUCAGAGAAGAGAAUGGGUUCAGGACUCUGUUCACAUUCGCACAGAGAGUGGAGCUCGGCUCCAGAUUUCUCCACAGCUCCCUCACUCUAAUGACUUAGAACCAAACCAGAGUGUCAGUAUGGAGUCGGGUUCUCAGGCUGAGACCAAGGAUGGCUGUAAAGCGUUUAGUUGUGACUCUGACUUUGAUGGAAGCGUCUGUGAUUCAGAGCAGAGUGAACGUGUUCUGCUGAACAUGGACCAAGUGAAGGUCCUAAGACGCAGUCUAGAGGCUCGUGUCCAGCGCGAUAGUCGAGGAUCAGCUGGAGAAGAGUCAGAGGAUGAGUGGGUGGAAGAACAGAUUGUGACGGAGGACAGCAAUGAGAGUCUGGACGACAUCACUCUGCCCCUAACUCCCAAACCUCACAAACAGCCAAUCAGCAGUGAGUGCCACACCAGUGAACUCAUUGUACUGGACUUUGGCCCCUCCUCCAGAGUAGGUCGUAAAAUUCAGCGCUCACUGGCUGCGAAGCCGAAGGAUGAUGUGGAAUCUUUUAUUCCAAUCAGACCUGUUACAGUGAAGAGCAAACCUACCAGAAAUUCACCCCAAACCAGCAGGGAUGUGCCCAAGCGCCCCCUGUCGGCAGUGCGGAAAGUGCAGGACAUAAGGGACUCUGAGGAGACGGCCAGCCAGGUGUUCCAAGCCCUACAAAGAGAAAACACCCCCCUUCAGCAGAAAAAGUUGUUGAAAGUUCUGGAAAAGAUUGAGGCUGAGAUUAAAUCCAGUUCCUGUCCUGUCCACCCCCCAGACAGCGGUUCGCUCUCUGUGACUGUGACUGGGAGGCAGGCCUCACCUGAAACUUUGUACGUUACCAUGGAGAUCCUGUCAAACUGGGGUAACCGUUGCCGAGUGGGGCUGACAGAAGUGCAGUUUUUCUGCCAGCGGAAUCGUAAACUCUAUGUGUCCCCGCACGACCUGGACAUUCGGAAUGUGGACCAGCCUGGGAAUCUUACUGCACUGGUCAACGGGAAAACCAAAACGACUAAAGACAGACAUAUGUGGACAUGUGUGUUCCACCCUCCAGUUCAGCUCUACUUCAUCCUCAGGAAUACAGAAUGCUCUCCGGAUUUCCGAAUCUCUGGGAUUAAAAUCUGGAAUUAUAACCGCAGUCUGAAUGAUCUAGAUGUGUGUGUUCGUGACAUAAGGCUGUAUGUAAACAGUACACUGGUUUAUGAAGGCCAGUUGGAGAAAGGCUGUGGAAACCAAGUCUUUGACUACAGCACCACCAUAAACCUCCAGCAACUCCCAGAAUGCACCACUCCUAGCCCUGACUCCUGCCUGCAGGCCAGCAGUCCUCAUCGCUGUCGUGAUACUGGAAGCCCAUUGGUCAGCUCAAGCCUAUCAGAGCUAAGCUCCGCCCACACAGAAGAAGAAACAAACGAGAGCAGACAGGGAAGAAAAGCGAACAGCGUCCCUCUCUCCACUGGCCCCAGCGGCUAUGUGCCCAGGGUCCUGAUGCAGAAAGACUCGUCAGACAGAGACUCACCUCCUCUGGACGUCUCCAUGUCUCCUGCUCAGUCCACUGGACAGAUUAAAGAGACGGAACAGACGGUUACCACACAGCCCUCUUCCUGUCGCACACCACAGUGGCUUCAACCAAUCAGUCGUGCAGAUCCGGAUGGGGCGGAGCAGGAGGGGCGGGGCCAGGGCAAGGAGAAGGAGCGUCCCUUGUGGUUGGUUCCUCAAAAUGCAAUGGAACCCAAAUCCUCUGUCCUAUCUGAACUGCCCUGUAACCCUGGUCAGGUCUGUCGAUCUGGUACCACCCAUGGCCAUCAGGGGGUGGCAGUUAACAACACACAAAGAGAAUCUGGUACCACCCAUCGGGAGGCGCCAAUUGAAAACACCCAGAGAGAAACGUCUGCGGAGUUCAGCGCCGACUCCUUGGAAACUGACCCAGAGCUAGGUUUGGAUGGAGGAUCAGAACGCAAAACAGAACAUUUGGAUAUGGACUCAGACCUGCUGGACUCACUGGGUGAGAGAGUAGAACGACCCAUCAGUGGCAGAAGAGGCUCAGCUCGAAACAGAACCAGACAAAGUCCCAACCCAAGCCUGGACGGAACCAACAGUCUCGUUGCAGCAGACGAGUCACAUUUGGUUGCCGGGGGCAGCAGAAGGCCACGUGCUGAUUGGAGGAGCCAGCAGAAUGACCCCCUGAUGGAAUCCUGGGAUUCACUGACAAAGUUCAAACACCGCCAGCGUGGGCGCAUCGCAAACAUGGCUCUUGAGGGCGAUAUUUUUGAUGAGUUCCUCCAACGCCAGCCCCGCCUCAACCCUACAUCUGACCCCACCCCUAACCUUGACUCCACCCUCAGUCCAUCGGUCGAGCCUGAGGAAGAGGAUGAGGAGGAGUUUGAGAUCCCAGUGCUGCCGUGUGGACAAACACUCGUCAUCAACAUUCUGUCAACAUGGGGCGACCGUCAUUAUGUGGGCCUGAACGGCCUGGAGAUUUUUGGCUCCACAGGAGAACCAAUCACACCCCGCCACAUCACCGCUGACCCCCCAGAUAUAAACAUACUGCCAGCAUACAAUAAAGACCCACGCGUGGUUACCAACUUGAUAGAUGGAGUUAACCGCACACAGGAUGACAUGCACUUGUGGUUGGCUCCAUACACACCUGGACACACCCACAUCAUCACUCUGGACCUGGGCCUCCCAUGUCACCUGGCCAUGAUUCGCAUUUGGAAUUACAACAAAUCACGGAUCCACUCGUUUAGAGGAGUCAAAGAGGUGGAGAUGCUCCUUGAUGGGCAAUGUAUUUUCAGGGGCGAAAUCGCUAAAGCAUCAGGCACACUGAGCGGAGUGUUGGACCAGUUUGGGGACACUAUCUUGUUCACCACAGACGACGACAUUCUGGAGGCGAUGUCACAUUAUGAUACCACGUUCACAGGGGGGCUGGAUGCAGCCAAUCCUGGAGCAGAGGAGGAGGAGCUCCAGCGUCCGUGCACAGCGGACGGAGAGGGAGAAGAGCGACCCUUCACACAGGCAGGAUUCAGGGAUGAUGACACAACGAAAUUCCAUUCAAAUCCGGCAGAAUCAGAAGAUCGAUCCUCAGGACUUCACACAGGGAAAUGUCUAAGGUUAACCCUGGGUCUGACCUGGGGUGACCCUCACUACCUGGGUCUGACAGGGUUGGAGGUUGUGGGUCAAGAGGGCGAGAGUGUCCCCCUUGACAUUACCAUGGUAACAGCAUCACCGCAGGACCUAAAUGACCUCCCUGAAUACAACAAUGACCUGCGAACCCUGGACAAGCUGAUCGAUGGGCAGAACAUCACUACAGAUGAUGAACACAUGUGGUUAAUCCCAUUCACAUCCGGAUAUGACCACACCCUCACCAUACAGUUCAGCCAGUCACAGCCCAUCGCUGGCCUGCGCAUCUGGAACUACAACAAAUCACCAGAGGACUCUUAUAGAGGGGUGAAGGUGCUCCAUGUUAUGCUCGAUGGCAUUUUGAUCUCUCCCACUGAUGGCUUUUUGAUCCGAAAGGCACCAGGACACUGUCACUUUGACUUCGCCCAGGAAAUCCUCUUCAUAGACUACCUUCAGACCAGUCAAACUAGUCUCACCAGUCAAAUCAGUGUGGGGACCUGUAAGAUCCCAGACGACUCUCACAGGACAGAGGAACGAGCCAGUAUGGACUAUGAAGCCCCACUGAUGCCGUGCGGAUUUCUUUUCCAGUUGCAGUUGUUGACAUCAUGGGGAGAUCCGUACUACAUUGGUCUGAAUGGAAUGGAACUGUACGAUGAAGCCCACCAAAAAAUUCCCCUGACAGACAACAACAUUGCUGCAUUCCCAGACAGUGUGAAUGUGCUGGAUGGUGUGUGUGGAGACGUUCGGACUCCUGAUAAACUGGUGGAUGGCGUCAACGACACCUUUGAUGGAAGACACAUGUGGCUGGCUCCCAUCCUGCCUGGACUGGUGAAUCGAGUGUAUGUGAUUUUUGAUCGGCCGGUGACAGUGUCUCUGAUCAAACUGUGGAACUACUCAAAAACACCACAGAGAGGUGUCAAGGAGUUUGGGUUGCUAGUGGAUGACCUGUUGGUUUAUAACGGGAUUUUGGACUGUGUGAAUCCGGCAACGCGAGGAAUUCUGCCGACCUGUGACCCCACAGUCCCCUCCCACAACAUCGUGUUCACACACAACACAAACAUCACACACCAGCAGAGACGUUUCGUUAUCAGCAACCAUACAGAGGACCAGGAUGUGAAGAUGACCAAUGAGAACAGGGUCAUUCAGCAAACCAGGAAGAAGCAAACAGCAGACCCAGCCCUUCGACCAAACACAUGUAUGUCAGACUCUGGAAAAGUGACCAAGAGAAGAUAGUGCAAGACACCCAUCCACAUCUGUAUG